ACCCAACCGAUAAAGACCUUCGCCUUCUUUAUGACCCAAUUUUUCUUUUCUUUACAUCUAUCCUCUCAUUUUUUCCCACUUAUUUCUCCUCCUUCUCAUAACCCAACCUCCUACUUUCAACUUCCAAUCCAAUGUCUUCCUCCGUUUCUUCCCAACAUGAUCAGGUUCUAGUAGAAGAAAACUCCUUCGCAAGAAUUCUAACCUUAAACCGGCCUAAGCAGCUCAAUGCCCUUUCAUUUCAGAUGAUUUCUCGGUUACUAGAACUUUUUCUUGCCUACGAGGAGGAUCCUAAUGUCAAGCUGGUAAUACUGAAGGGAAAAGGAAGAGCAUUUUGUGCUGGUGGAGAUGUUGUAGCUGUGGUACAUGAUAUUUGGGCAGGUGGAUGGAGAGCAGGUGCCAACUUUUUUAUGAAGGAAUUCUCCUUAAACUAUUUGAUGGCGACCUAUAGCAAACCACAGGUUUCAAUUCUUAAUGGAAUCGUUAUGGGAGGUGGGAACGGUGUUUCAAUGCAUGGUAGAUUCCGUGUUGCAACUGAGAACUCGGUUUUUGCAAUGCCUGAAACAGCUUUGGGACUCUUCCCAGAUGUAGGAGCGUCAUAUUUCUUGUCAAGACUCCCAGGAUUUUUCGGAGAAUAUGUCGGUCUUACUGGUGCAAGAUUGGAUGGUGCAGAAAUGCUUGCAUGUGGCCUUGCAACUCACUUUGUCCCUUCAGCUAAAUUACCUAUGGUAGAAGCAGCAUUAUGUGAUGCAGAUUCCAGUGAUCCAGUAAUCAUAUCAUCAAUUAUUGAUCAGUACUGUGAGAAACCCUCAUUGAAAGAGCAGACUGUGUACAAUCGAUUAGAUGUCAUUGAUAGAUGUUUCUCUCAAAGAACGGUUGAAGAAAUUUUGUCUGCUCUUGAGAGGGAGGUUGUUGACCAAAGGGACGGUUGGAUCUUUGCUACCAUUCAAACACUGAAAAAGGCUUCUCCGACUAGUCUUAAAAUUUCUCUUAGAUCAAUUAGAGUAGGAAGAGUUCAAGGUGUCGGUGCAUGCCUCGCUCGUGAAUAUAGAAUGGUUUGCCAUGUUAUGCGCGGAGAAUUCAGCAAAGACUUUUUCGAGGGUUGCAGGGCUAUACUACUGGAUAAAGAUAAGAACCCAAAGUGGGAGCCGUCGAAAUUGGAGCAUAUUGCUGAUACUACAAUAGACAGGUAUUUCUCCAAGGUGAAGGAUGAAGAUUGGGAAGAUCUUAAGCCUCCAACUAGAUCCAAAUUCAACUUGCCACCAUAUGUCAUUGCAAAGCUUUAGAUGACCACUGAGAUGAACAUGUUAAGAGUAUAGAGCACAAAGUUGUAAUGUCUAUAAUGAAGCAAAGUCCAUUGGGUAUAAAUAUAUAUAUAUAUAUAUGCAUGUCACUCCUUGAUGAGUAAUAAGUAAGCUGUCCUGUGCAUUUCACUGCCGACAUAACUCUGAAUCCAUAUGAGACCAAUAAAAAUUACCACAGUUAAAUCCUUCUUUUA